ACCGAUCAAGUCAUUCCACUCGCAGCCUUGUUCCACUCCACAUCAACUCCCAUAACCACUUAUCAUCACCAAAGUUAAGGUCUUAUCGAUCUUCACCUCACCUUCAGAAACUUACAAGUUUUUCUAAAUGUCUCCCCCCUCCGAUCUUAACUAUUGUUCUUCUUCAUAGCAAUUACUUCAAACCCACUUCUCCCCACACGAAACUUCCUCUCUAAUUAAACCACUAAAUUAAAUUAAUUGUGGGCAUGUUCAAAACCCGCAACUUAUUUGCGACUACGACUCGUCACAAUAACACCAAUAACUUUUCACAUUUGUUGAAACACCUCGAAUUCAGCGAAGGUCGGGGUCAUUCCGGAAACAAAAUUCUGCUCCAGGUGACCGGACGAACGAACGCUUCAAGACAACGAUCGUCGAUUUCUUCAUAAGUUUUUAAAAUUAAUUUUGUGUUUGUGAGAACAUUUUAAAUUUCCGAAAAAUAUGGCGACCACUUCCGGUGUCCCAAUUAAGAAUAAUAACGUGCGACACGUCUUAUCCUCGUCGAUGGUGACGUCCUCCUCCUCCGCGCCGAGUAAUUCGUCGCCCGUGGCGAAAUUGAUGGCGGAGCAUAAGAACAAGAAGCACUCCUCCUCGGCGAAAAGUUUGUUCCUCCUCCCACCCUCGUCCCCAGUCUUGUACGAUUCUCCACUUUUGCGGAGAAAUGCUAAGUUGGCGUGUUCCUCGAGUGCGGGAGGGCUUAUCGAGAAGAUAAAGAAGGAGGAUAAGAGACUGGUCAGGUCGCAGGAUCAUUUAAAUCAUGACGACAAUUCGACCGAUUCGUCGUCGUCGUCCUUGGAAAGAGCGGCAAGACCGCGAUCCGGAACGCCGGACAAGGUCAAGAAGAAGGGUCAAACAGGGGUCAAUUGUGACGAUCAGGACGUUAACUGUACCGUUUUUCAGGUGGAGGAAUUCGGGUCAAAGAGAUGGAUCCGCGUCGAAGUGAUCGAGCCGGUGACCAUCACGGCGAAAAACUUUCUCCAUUUGAAUACAUCCUUUACCACGUAUCUCAUCCGGAUCGAGACGAACCAUUACGCCUUUUCCCUCCCAUUGUCUCAAGUGCGGCGAAGAUAUUCAGAAUUUUGCUGGUUGAGGAACAAGCUGAGUCACCACCAUCCCAACAAAGUCGUCCCUCCCCUUCCAGCCAAACACUUCUUCAACAUGACCAACUUUAAUGGGAACAUUAUCAAUCAGAGGAGAUACGGAUUAGGCAAAUUUCUCCAGAGAGUUUUCCGCUCCAGCGUCCUCCUCUCCGAUUCCGCGUUGCAUCUCUUCCUCCAAACUGACCUGACUACAAAGGAAAUCGACGCCCGGGUAUCAGAAGAACAGGGCAGCUCGGUCGGAUCGGAUCACAGCGGUGCCAACAACAUCCCGCUGACCGGGUUGCAUUCAUCCUCGCAUAAUGAUGGACACUCACAGCAGAAGAGACCUUACCUCUUCCGGUCGGUGUCCCUCUCAACCGAGUCAUCUUCCGAAGGGAACGGGGGCCCUUCGGACAGCGAGCAUUCGGACGACCACGGACAAAACACGUUUCGUCGCAUUGGCACGAGUGACGAGGAAUGCGAACAUUAUUGCGACGUUUCCUCGGAAGAAGAAGAAUAUGAAGUUGAUGUGGAGACUUAGGAACAAAAAUGACGUAGAAAGUUCUAUUUAUAACGUAUAACUCAUCACCAAAAUUAUCAAAUUCAGCACAUUUUUAAUCAUUUCUCGCCUCUGGGAACUUAUUUUAAAAUUCUGGACGACAAAUUUGUAGUCAAUGAGUUGAUUGAUAGAAUGGCGUCGAGUUUUUUAAGCCAGUUUCGACGAGUUCCAAUUUUUCUGAAGGCUUCCUAAACUUGAGAUCUCCUCCUUCAAAAAGUCGCAAAAUUUGGAGUGUAAAUUUUCAAAAAAUUGAAAACUCCCUUCUCUACAAAUUUGUCGUCCAGAAUUUUAAAAUAAAUUCCCAGAUCCGGUAAAUGAUUAAAAAUUGGCGGAUUUUGAUGAUUUUGGACAUUGACUUCUCUUUUUAAAGUAAUGAACUGAUGGCAAUUAAUGACAGCAACCAACUGGAAUUGUUUAAUAAUUAUAUUUACCGAUUUUGUGCUAGGAUAAUAAUUAUGAUAAUUAAUUAACUAAAUUAUGACUGAUAACCAGAAAGAUGUUCACUUUUUACUCAAAUAAGUUACCAAUUUUAGUAACAUUUUACUCGUUAAUUACUGUAUCUUUUACUAUUUUCUUAAACGAGCGAGAUGGACAAACGCUACUUUAUUUUUAAUGAUAAUUUUCUACUUAACUAAAUAUUUUAUCCAGACAAAUUCUCCUACUUUUAGGCAGCAAAUAUUAUGUGAGCGUUUAAAAUUGUAUGAAUAUUUAGAUAAGACGGAAGAAAUAAUGAUAAUCACAUCACUCAUGAAAAAACUUUGAUACAUUUCACUCUCUACAUGCUAAAUGAUCGUAGAUAGUUUUCGUGCAGUACUAUUUAUUUACUUAUAACGGGCAUACAUACUUCAUGUGAUGCAAAGAAAUAAAAUAAAAUAUUGAAAAUUUAAACCGUU